AUGACUUCCCUCGCGUCCGUCAUCCCUAAACUUUAUCAGGAAUACACAACUAAAACUCCUAAAAAGCUGAAAAUAAUAGAUGCGUAUUUGUUAUAUGUGUUUUUGACCGCAGUUAUCCAGUUCGUAUAUUGCUGCCUUGUGGGCACAUUCCCAUUUAAUUCUUUCCUCAGUGGAUUUAUUUCUACAGUUAGCUGUUUUGUGCUGGGAGUUUGCCUAAGAUUACAAGUUAACCCAGAGAACAAAAACGAGUUUUUGGGCUUGAGCGCGGAACGAGGAUUUGCUGACUUCAUAUUUGCACACCUUGUCUUGCAUAUUGUAGUUAUUAAUUUUAUUGGU